GCUGCCCCACCCCCGGGGGCCGGGCAGGGCUGGAGCUGCCAGCAGCGAGGCGAGGCGCAAACAUUGCGCAAUUCUCCAGCUUUCGCUUUCGCUGCGUCCUGUGCGCAGGGGGCAGCUCGGCCCCGCAGCUCACAGCCCCCUCCCGAGGGCACCAUCCCGGGGUGGGAGCAGCAGCCGGGUGCAGCGAUGGCGGAGGUGCUCCGGACCCUGAAUGCAGAUCUGCUGGCCAUCAGGGUGGCACUGGAGGCGGGCAGCCCUGCGGGGACCCCGGCCACGGCCCUGCAGGGGAAGCUGGCCCAGGAGUUCCUGGCCGCGGUUCACGGUUUCCACGCCCGGUUUGCUCAGUGCCGGCGGAUGCAGGCGGUGGCCCCCGGCGAGUUGGAGGCCCGGCUCCAGGAGGUCUCCGGGGACCCUGGCUGCUGGUUCUACAUUGGCUGCACCCGGGCACUGACGCACUAUCUCUGGGAGGCCGGGCCGUGGUGCCAGGCCUGGCACCGCAGGGCAGCUGGCUAUGAGAAAACCUGCACCUACUACUGCCGGCCGGGGCCAGAGUCCGGGCUCCGCACCGUGAGGCACCUGCUGGGCCGGUUCUGUGGCACCCACCCCCGCUGCCUCAACGUCUCGCGCGUCAGGAACGGCCCGGCCAGCAUCGUCUUCCUGGUGACCUACGCCCAGCGGGGCGGCCGGCCGGGGGAGCCCACCGGCGACAUGGAGGCACUGCUGCGUGGCAUCGCUGCCCAUUUCCGCCACCGGGGGGCGCUGGCGGACGAGCUGGUGCAGUUCCUCAAGGACGACUUUUGCCAGCUGAUGGGCCAGUACCCGGGCUACCUGGCGCAGUGCCAGGCCAUGAGCCAGAUCCCCCCGGCUUGCUUCCUGGGGCGAGCCCGGGAGAUCCUGGCGGGGCUGGGGCCAGCGGAGGGGGUCCUUGCUGGCACGGUGCCGGACGGGGUGGUCUUCAUGCGGCCCUGCCUGUGGGAGGUGGGGGCGGGCGAGGCGCAGGCCGGUGAGAAGCUGCACACAUACUUCACCAGGCUGGACGGUGCCCUCGAUGCCAAGCAGCUGCUGGAGGAGAUCUGGGGUCACCCCUGCUGCAUCAACAGCCGCCGGGGCUGGCGGGGCAGGCUGGGGACCCAGCCGGGGGCCUUCCUGUACCUGGUGAUAUUCCGGAGGGCCUGCAUUCCAGGCGGGCCCUGAGUGA